AUGGAUGAUGACAUCACUGUCCCUAGAGGCAGACGCUGUGCAGACGCCCCCCAGGGGUGUGCCCUGAGCCCGCUGCUCUACGUCAUCCACACACACGACUGCACAGCCUCCAGCAGUUCAACCUCCAUCAAGUUCGCAGACGACGCCGUGGUACUAGGUCCAAACUCGGAGAACAAUGAGCAGGGCUACCUGAACCAAGUGGAAGACCUGGCACUGUGGUGUCAGACCAACAACCUGGCCAUAAAUGCCAGCCAGACGAAAGAAAUGGUGUUGGACUUCAACAGGAAGCAGGGCACUGUUGAGAACAUUUUCACAGGAUGCAUCUCUGCCUGGUACGGGAAUUGUACCGUUCGAGACCAGGAUGCCCUGCAGAGGGUGGUGCGCACAGCCGAGCGAACCAUCAGAGCCUCCCUUCCCACUCUGAAAGACACCUACAGCAAGAGGUACAACUUUGUGGGAAGGAUCCUGGGUCCUCGUGGCUUGACCGCCAAGCAGCUGGAAGCGGAGACCGGCUGCAAGAUCAUGGUGCGGGGCAAGAGCUCCAUGCGGGACAAGAAGAAGGAGGAGCAGAACAGAGGCAAGCCUAACUGGGAGCACCUGAAUGAGGAUCUGCAUGUGCUCAUCACAGUGGAGGACACACAGACUCGCGCCGAGAUCAAGAUGAGGAGAGCCGUCGAGGAGGUUAAGAAGCUCCUGGUGCCCGCGGCGGAAGGGGAGGACAACCUGAAGAAGAUGCAGCUGAUGGAGCUGGCUAUUCUUAACGGAACAUACAGAGACACCAACAUCAAAACACCUCCCCUUGCAUUCUCUCUUGCAGCGGCGGCAGCGGCGGCCCAGGGCCCUCGCCUCAUCGCGGCGCCCCCAGGCCAAGUGCUGCCCCCAUCAGCCCUGCGUCCUCCGCCCUCACCAGCCGGCGCCCCCCCAAUCAUGAACCUCAUCCGGCCCACGCAGAUGACUGCAGCCAUGCUGCCUAACGGCACCCCGACCCUGGUGCCCCCUGGCCCUGAUGCGGGCAUCAUCUACACCACCUCCCCCUACGACUACCCGUACACGCUGGCACCCACCUCACUGCUGGAGUACCCCAUGGAGCCUGGCGGCAUGCUAGGUAAGCGGCCGUGGGGGCUGGGCUUUGGCUUUGGUGCGCCAGGGGCCUACCCUGCUCAUCAGCAGGACGGCGGUCUCCUGUACACGGGCGGGGCGGGCCUGCUGGACGUUGCGGGGGUCAGUGCCCAGCAGGAGGCACUCAAAGGUGCAAUGGCAACUAAAGUGAGACGGCAUGAUACGCGAGUCCAUCCUUACCAAAGGAUUGUGACCGCUGACAGAGCUCAUGUCACACUUGAAAUCUUGGGACACCCCACACUCUCAGCUGAAGUGGUUACAGGACAACUGCAGAGCUGUUACCUUUUGUCAGCCAAGACUCUGCAAGCUGCUCUAUACAUCUCUGGGUGAGGAUGUAUAGGAUGUAAGUUUACCAAGUGCAGUACAAAUACUUGUACCUCCAAAAUGUCCCUCUGUUUGAAUGCUGCUGAAACUGCUUUAGGCACUGAGGCCAAACAACAAACUCACUGAUGAUGGAUCAUCUUCCUGACGAUUUCAUUUGAUAAAACCACAAACCAACUAAAUGAAUCAUGCUAUUUAAAUGAUUCUUAUAUGUGAUUAAAUAUGAUCUAACAUUUUA